CUCGGACGAAUCAUUGCUCCAUCGCAAAUUAUAACGAACAUGUCCAGCACUAGAAUAUCAAAACACUACCACCGUCUCCUAACCCUCUGGCCAAAAGACCCUCUCCGCCCCAAUCUCCCCUUCACAAAAACUCUCGAACACCGCGUCGCACGCUUCGCCCCGGUAUCCUCACCCUCCCCCUCUUCCUUACCCCCCCACCCUCGAGCUUCUGAAUCCCGCACACCCGCUCCUUCCGCUUCCGCAAAGUCCGAGCUGGUCGAUAUCAAUGCAGUAUACUCGCUGCUCGAGAACCGGUAUAAAAACCGGUAUCCCGUAUCCCCAGGACUCUUGAAGCCGGUCUCCAAUCCAGAGUACUAUGACAGGCUGAUGGCGGAGAUCGAGAAGGCGCCCACGAAGUCGUGGUUAAGAGCAAAGUUGGAUGAGUGGAAGAUGAAGGUUCGGUGGCAGUAGUGACUGGGAUGUAGGAUGAUGACUAGGGUUUACGUAUGGUGUAUGAUGUCCUGGAGAGGCGGUUGGUUGUACAUAUAUAUAUAUAUGGUGGAAUUGGCGUAUAAAUGGUGGAUAUGGAUGUGCGUGUGUGACGCAAAAGAUUAGCCUUCGCCUCUGGUUUGGAAGAGGCGGAUGCAACGAGAGUGUAUUAUGUGCCUUUCGAUGUGACCAUAGCGGUAUAUCGGCACUCUAUAACAGAUGUGAGUAGGGUGAAUCGCACCAACCAACUCUUGUUCAAAUCUAGCAAGACUUUAAAGAGGAUCCCAACCUUGUGUCAAAUUACUUCGUCAUGAUGUGGGGUAGA